AUGGGUUUUUCAGAACGAUUUCCUCGUUGGAUUACAGCAAUUAUAGCUAUUAUUAUAUUGGCAUUAACUGCUGGUAUUCUUGGUUUAGAAAUAGUUUCUAAUUAUAUUGAUGUUGGUCAUGGUACAAUAUGGGUCGGAAUUUGGUCUAGUAUUGUUUAUAUCAUAACAUUUCUUAUGAUGUUUUUUAUUACUUGUUGUUGCCGAGGUCGUUGUAAUGCUUUUUAUGUCUUUAUUAUGGCUAUCAUCAGUGGCUUAUUGGCUGUUGUGACGAUUUAUUUUGAUCAACUUUUUAUGAAUGAUCCAUGCAAAUGUUAUUUGGGUGAUGUAUUAUGUUGUUUACUUCGUGGUGUUCCAAUAUUCCGUAGUAACUUUACAGGUGUUCUUCAGGAGUGUACUAAUGCUCUUACAGCAGGUACAAUCUCAUCAAAAACAUGUCCUUCUACACCCUAUGAUAAAGUAGCAUAUAUUAAAGCACAAUUAGCUUGUGCUGCUGCUAUGGCAGUUACUUGUAUAGCUUAUAUUGUUAUUUUUCUAUUUGCUUGUUUCGGUGUUUGUUUUGGUCAUAAAUAA